UGUGAAGGUAACAGUCCAACCAGUGGCUUCAGUAAAACGUAGCACUUAUGUUUACCGCUAAAACUCUCCGUCUGUAGCUUUUUAGCUUCUCUUCAUCUACUACAGGCUGUGACAGAAACUGGAUGUUCCCAAACUAUACAUGUCCAUGGAUCUCAGUGAGGAAGAGUCGACUCCUCUGGUGAUCAGAGACCGAGGAGGCAGCCAGAGGUCCAGUUCAAGCUCAGCCUCCAUGUUGCAAGUCCACCUCUACUUCUUCCCUGGAACAAAGGACGCAACAACAAUACACAUUUCAUCUGGACAAAUAUCUGCUGAGAACGUCUGCAUCCAAGCAGGGAAAAAAUGUGGAAUCUUACCAAUAUACCAAAGCCUAUUUGGUUUAGCAUCUGCCGACCUCUCAUUUUGGUAUGCUCCAUCACACAUGUUUGACCCAGAUGAAAACUUACAAGUUCACUUUAGAGUCAGGUUUUUCUUUGGAAACUGGUUUGAACAGGGACCCAGAACAUCAUACCGCUACAGUCUGACCAGAGACAGAGUCAACACAGUGCUUGACUACAGUGUCAUUGAUUAUCUUUUUGCUCAGUUGCGAAGUGACUUCAUUGCCAGUGAGGCGGGAGUAGCUCCACCUUUGAGCACCCAGGAGGAAUGUCUCGGCCUCGCAGUGCUGGACUUGUGGAGGAUGGCUAAAGAGCGGCAUCAGAGUGUACGAGAGGUCUGCAGGACUGUCAGCUACAAGUCCUGCCUUCCCAAGUCCCAUCGCCAUGACAUCCAGAGACGAAAUCGCCUGGAUCGUUAUCGAAUCCGAAACACCCUCAAACAUUUCCUUAGGAAGCUUGGCAACUGCUCAGUAGAUGAGUGCAGCUUGAAGCUGAAGUACCUGAUUGAACUAGCAGGCAUCGAGCCCUCUCUGGGAAGUGAAAUCUUCCAAGUGAAUCAUGCUUCUUCCCACUCCAUGUCAACGUUCUCUCUUGUGCGGGUCACUGGAGAAACUGGAAUUCAAACCAGUGGAAGCUGUCAUUCUGUUGAUGCCCCGGAGUGGCACACCUUCUGUGAUUUCCAGGAAAUCAUUGACAUCGGGAUAAGGAGGGUCUGCCAUGAGCAGGUUCUCCAAGACAGCAGGAUGGUGACAAUAACACGAAAGGACGACAAAUGCUUUGAGGCCAAGUUCCAGACUCUCAAAGAAGCACUUUCGUUUGUGUCACUUGUUGACGGCUACUUCAGAUUGACCACAGACUCGAGUCACUUCUUCUGCCAAGACAUCGCACCGCCAAGUAUUCUGGAGGGAAUCAAAAACCACUGUCAUGGUCCGAUCACAUCAGAGUUUGCAGUCAACAAGUUGAAAAAGUCAGGAUAUAAAGGAGGUACCUUUCUUCUACGACAGAGUCCUAAGUACUACGACAACUUUUUCCUCACUGUUUGUGUUCAGACCCCACUUGGACUUGAUUAUAAAGACUGUCUCAUCAUAAAGAAUGAGAAUUACAGUCUUCCUGGUGUCCACAAAUCAUUUUCCAGCCUAAGAGAGCUCACCAGUUAUUACCAACACAACAAGCUGCUGCUGGCAGAAGUACCGGUUAAGUUGGCUCGCUGCUGUCCACCCCGACCCAAAGAGCUUACAAAUCUGAUCAUCAUACGCAGCAGCAGCUCCGUAGAAGCUCAGGGUUCUCCGACACCUGAAAGGAACAAAUUCAGUCACAUCCAGUUCCACAUGAUCAAAUAUAACGACCUGAAGUGGGACGAAAGCCUUGGACAGGGCUCCUUCACUCGAAUUUUUAAAGGCUACAAAAUCGAUAUUCGUGAUGGAGAGAAACACAUGACUGAAGUCCUACUGAAAGAGCUCGAUGCUGUUCAUAAGAACUGCUGGGAGUCAUUGUUUGAAGCAGCCAGCUUGAUGAGUCAGAUUUCACACAAACACCUGCUACUCGUUUAUGGUGUUAGUGUUCAUGGAGUGAAAAACAUCAUGGUGCAGGAGUUUGUCAAGCACGGGGCCCUCGACCUGUACUUGAAAAGAGGCAGAUCUGUGUCGGUGAGCUGGAAACUCGACGUAGCCAAACAGCUUGCAUCUGCCCUCAACUUUCUGGAAGAGAAAAACAUUGUUCAUGGAAAUAUUUGUGCCAAAAACCUGCUGCUGGCCAGAGAAGGCGACCCUUCUCAGGGCACAUCUCCCUUCAUCAAGCUGAGCGACCCAGGAAUCAGUGUGGCUAUGCUGGGCAAGGAUGUCGUCCUGGACAGGAUCCCCUGGGUUGCCCCCGAGUUGCUGGAGGCUCCAGACGAUCUGACCCUGGAGUGUGAUAAGUGGAGCUUUGGUGCCACAGUGUGGGAAAUCUUCAACAAUGGAAACUCCCCGCUGCGAGGCUGGAACCUGGAUGAGAAGCGGCAGUUUUAUGAGGGCUUCCAGCAGCUGCCUCCGUCCCAGUGGACAGAGCUGGCGGACCUGAUCAGUCAGUGUAUGGACUACCAGGCAGCCGUCAGACCUUCCUGUCGCAGUAUCAUCCGUCAACUCAACAGUCUCAUCACUUCAGACUAUGUGAUCCUUCAUGCCACUGAGCCGGUCACUCAGAGUCCUGUCUGCAGAGUCUUCAGUCCUGCUCAGCACGACCAGACACUGCUGGAGGAGAGACACUUACGCUACAUUUCCCCACUGGGCAAAGGGAACUUUGGUUGUGUUGAACUUUGUCGCUAUGACCCGCUGGGUGACAACACCGGCGAGCUGGUGGCUGUGAAGAAACUGCAGCCGAACAAGCAGUCGACCCUGGAGGACUUCCAAAAGGAGGUCAACACCCUGAGCGUUUUAUACUGCGACUACAUCGUCAAAUACAGAGGAGUCUGCUACAGCAUGGGUCGCCUCAGCAUGAGUUUAGUGAUGGAGUACCUCCCUCAUGGCAGUCUCAUUGGCUACUUGGAGAAUAACCGACACAACGUCAACACCAGGAGGAUGCUGCUUUUUGCUUCUCAGAUCUGUAAGGGGAUGGAAUACCUGCAGACUCUGCGUUAUGUCCACCGAGACCUCGCAGCCAGAAACAUCCUCGUGGCCAGUGAGUCGCUGGUGAAGAUCGCUGAUUUUGGGUUGACCAAAGUUAUUCCUUGCAACAAGGAGUACUACCGCGUCACACAGCCGGGAGAGAGCCCCAUCUUCUGGUACGCUCCAGAGUCCAUUAGUGAGUCCAGAUUCUCCCACAAAUCAGACGUCUGGAGUUUCGGCGUGGUUCUUCACGAGCUCUUCUCCUAUUGUGACGUGAACUGCAAUCCAAAAAGACUGUACAUGCAGGUGAUCGGACACAACGUGCAGGGUACGACCAUCUCAAUGCAUCUGACAAAUAUUCUAAAGAACGAGUGGAGGCUGCCAGCUCCUCCAAACUGUCCACCAAAGGUGUACAGUCUGAUGAAGCAGUGUUGGGCCUACAGCUUCGACGAGCGCCCCUGUUUCUCCAGCCUAGGAGACCAGAUUGAGACGAUCAUGCAGGAUGAAAGAGAAAACCUGAAAGGCUGAGAAGCAGCUUCGUUGUGUCUCACAGUUGAACUCAUGCUGUGAAAUGACAAGAUUUCAUUCACUGUCCCAACAGAGGUGAUUCCACACCCACAACAGUGAGCAUCCAGUCAUGGAAGCGUGCAUGUUCUGACUCGUUACUGACAGAUAAAAGAGUGAUUUUAUGUUUUCUAUAAGCUACUCCCCAAAAGCUCAGGUCCAAGUCCUGUAUUGUACAUUACAUUACAGACUUAUUCACAGCCACGAAGAGAAUCCCAUUUGCUUAGAUGAGUUUUUUUUUUUUUUAGGUUUUUAAAUACUUUUCCACAAGAAAAUGUUUAACCCAGACAGAUUUUGUGCAGAAAAUGCAGAUGAAGAAUAGAAAUUUUCUGCAUUUCUUCUUCCAUUCCUUUCCACUGUCAAAGUAUGUUUUUAUUGAAACAUCACAUCUUGCAAUUCUCUUUCUUUCAGUCAAAUAUAUAAAAACAUAGUAUUUAUAACAGAAAAGUGGGCAAGCUCAGUGUUCUGUAAAUGCUCAAGUCUGACAUUUCUGCAUAUGUUGCAGAAAACUCUGAAUUGUUAGUGAUUAGCAUAACAACAACUUUUGUCAUGCUAGAAACAUGACCAAAGAAAGCACAGGUUGACUCAGGGAAUGUGAGGUCAGUUGCUCUUAUAUUGCUUUUGAUUACAUUUAUUGUGUGUGAAAGAUUCAAACAAUUACAGAAAAAUCAUUUUAAGCUUUUUGUUUAAAAACAUAUAUUUUGGAUUUAAUAUUUUGCUGUGUGCAUUCAAAGCCUUGUAAUCUGUUGCAAUAAAGGAUUUGUUGUAUUUUGAA